AUGGCUAAUAUGAAGAACCUUGUUUGUUAUGGUAAGGUUCUGUGGAGGAUACCUUCAAUGGCUACAAGGAUUGCUAUGGAGGACGCCUGCAAUCUCAGCAGGGAGAUUACGGUUACAGAAGAAUAUGAUGGCUCUGGAGAUUCAGGAGCCAUGAAGAGAAACAUAAAUGAGAACGGAGAAAAUAUGAGUUGGCUCUUUGGUGAAGAUUGCAUCUCUAGAAAGAGCUCAGGUGGAUGGAGAGCAGCAAGUCUCCUGCUUGCUAAUCAAGGGCUUGCAACAUUGGCUUUCUUUGGUGUCGGUGUGAACUUAGUCUUGUUCUUAACAAGAGUCCUUGGUCAAGACAAUGCCACUGAAGCUAAUAGCGUCAGCAACUGGACAGGAACAGUUUACAUGUGUUCAUUGGUUGGAGCAUUUCUCAGUGAUUCAUAUUGGGGCCGCUACUUAACCUGUGGGGUCUUUCAGCUAAUUUUUUUAAUGGGCUUGCUGUUGUUAUCAUUCUCAUCUUGGCAUUAUCUGAUCCAUCCAAAGGGUUGUGGUGAUAAGGAACAGCUAUGCGUGCCCACUUCUUCAGUUGGGAUUGCUUUAUUUUACAUAUCCAUUUACUCUGUGGCCUUUGGAUACGGUGGACACCAACCUACAUUAGCCACCUUAGGAGCUGACCAGUUUGAUGACACUGACGAGAAGCAGAAUAAUUCAAGAGGGGUUUUCUUCAGCUAUUUUUACUUUGCACUGAACGUGGGAUCUCUUUUUUCUGACACCAUUCUGGCAUACCAAGAGGAUUCUGGUAAAUGGACUAUUGGGUUUGUGGUAUCCUCUUGCUCUGCGGUGCUUGCCCUAGUGUUAUUUUUGAUGGGCACACCUACGUAUCAGUAUGUCAAACCAUGUGGUAAUCCAUGGAUGCGCAUAGCUCAGGUAUUCAUUGCUGCAGCCAGGAAAUGGGAUGUCAUUGAAGCGGAUGAGGAUGACUUAUAUGAAGGAGAAGGACUAGAAUCCGUGAUUAAAGGGAGUCGGAAGAUUCUCCACAGUGACAACUUUAGGUUACUGGAUAAGGCAGCAACAAUGAGUGAGGAAGAUUUACAUGGCCCGAGGGAUCCCUGGAGGCUUUGUACUGUGACUCAAGUCGAGGAAGCCAAGUGCAUUCUAAAAAUGCUACCCAUUUGGCUAUGCACCAUUAUUUACUCUGUUGUCUUCACACAAAUGUCCUCCCUCUUUGUGGAGCAAGGAGCUAUGAUGAAUCCAAACAUUGGAAACUUCGAAAUACCAGCAGCUAGCAUGUCUGUGUUUGACAUCUGCAGUGUCCUUGCUUUCACUUACAUUUAUUGCCACGUUCUUGUGCCAUUGGCUGGACGGAUUAGCAGAAAUCCCAAGGGUCUAACAGAGCUUCAAAGGAUGGGCACCGGGCUCAUAAUUGGAAUGCUAGCCAUUGUUGCAGCUGGCAUCACAGAGAUUGAACGGCUCAAAAGAGUGAUCCCCAACCAACCUACAAGGUCCCUAAGCAUAUUUUGGCAAGUCCCACAAUAUGUUCUUGUCGGCGCCUCAGAGGUUUUCAUGUAUGUUGGCCAGCUGGAGUUCUUCAAUGCACAAGCACCGGAUGGAAUGAAAAGCUUCGGAAGCUCAUUAUGCAUGGCUUCCAUGUCUCUUGGCAAUUAUGCCAGCAGCUUUAUUGUUAUGAUGGUGAAGAAAUUCACUGCUAGAGGAAGCAGCCCUGGUUGGAUCCCGGAUGACCUAAACACCGGGCACAUCGACAGAUUUUACUUCCUUAUUGCGGGCUUAGUGGCUGUUAAUUUUGUGGUCUAUGUAUUUUGUGCUAAACGAUACAAGUGCAUCAACGCCAAGGAGGGAGAAGAAAGAUCAAAAGUCCAUGCUGAGGGUGAAGCAGAGGAAGAUGAGCUUGCAAAUUAGGUAUAACAAACAUGCAUGUCUGUUUGAAACUUUUACUUUAUCUUCCUCCUUUUUAGUUUAAAUUCUACACAGCUGUUGGUGUAAGUGCUAUUGUAGGAAUUUUUUAAAACUACUACUAUUAAAAAAAUUGUACCUAAACUCAGCCGGGACCUAUAUACAAA